AUGUCAUUUGCUGAAAGUUUUUGGACACCAGACUAUGAUCUGGGGUUUCGGCAGUUAUUUAUCCAAUUGAAUCAAGGGAUCUUGGAAAACAAUGAUUUUGUUCGCUUAAUCGAAAGACGGAUGGAACUGGAAGUGGUCUAUGGUAAUUCAUUGGAAACGAUCAUGACCGAUUGCAAGCCGAUCAACAAGAGACAACUGAACGAAGAUUUUGUGUCCACCAUCAAGAAUGCAUAUACCAAAAUGAAUGAGACUUUCUACAAACAAGGGGAAUACCAUUUGAACAUUGCCGACAACAUUGAAACAAUUGUUCUCCAACCAUUUAGCAAAUGGUGUACUGAGCACGAGCAGAGAGUCAGGUUCUCAGAGUCUACCUUGCAAGAUAAAAUAAAGGCGUUGAAGAAUGCCCAAUAUCUGGUGGAAAAAUUGCAAAAGAAGUAUUUUAACAAGUGCCGAAUGUUGGAGGAGUUCAAGUCCCACUACACCGAAGAAGAAUUGCAAGAAGAGCUAAGCGAUUUAUCGUUUCAAAAAGAUCAAACUGCGAAAGCCAAUACUAAUGGUAAUAAAGAGGAAGACGACAAUGAUAGUGGAGACGAAGAGAUCUAUGAGUUCACGCAUGCAAAAUACGAUAGCAAACAAAUGAGGGCAUUGCUCAAGGCAAUGCUUACAGAAGUCCCCAUGGGUCCACACAAAGUUGCAAUUUUAGGUACUUAUCAAAAUGUUUCUACUGGAAGCAACAUCACCAAAUGGUUGCUAGAGAACAUGCCGGAGUUCAACAAGAACUUGGACAAGGCCGAAGUUUUUGGACAAGAUUUAGUUCGAAAUGAGUUUAUUAGAAUUGUUGGUUCGAUCGGGAAGUCUUUCAUCAACUCUUCUCAGUUUUAUUACCAGUGGAGACCUGUUGCAUUUGCCAUUUCUGGUGUUGAGAACGAAUAUGCCACUGCAGAUUCAUCGUUGGCAAAGUCGUUGACGUUCAAAUUUGAUGAUGUCAAGGAGGCUAUAGGAGUGAGCACAGUUGAUUUUAACGACAAGUCACAACUAUCAAAGUUGAUCAACGAAGUCAACCAGUUGGACAGCCAGUACUAUGCACAAGUUGUUGAGUUGGAUAAAUUGAGGUGUGAGUAUGAGGAGUUGGCAAUGGAUCAUUUGACAUUCAUGCAGAAAUGUGAGUUGGAUAGAUUGAAGGCGAUUAAGAAAGUGACAUUUGAUUUCCUUUCUAGUUUUGCCAACAAGAUAAGCAGCUUAAAGACAAUCAGCGACGAUUUGGUUUUGUUGGAAGAGACGAUCAAUCCUGUGAACGACUUGAAGUUCUUGAUUGAAAACUAUGGGACAGGUAGAUUCAAACCCCAGGUCACAUUAUAUGACAACUACUAUGACUCUAAUAUCAACCAAACAUUUGGUGUUGACUUGAGUGUUAAAUCGAGGUUGGACAAAAAAGUUGUUCCGUACAUUAUUCAAUGCAUCUUAGGGCAAUUAGAUAGUGUGUAUCCAGAUUUGAAAAAUGAUGAGGAGAGAAUCAAUCUUUGGACGCAGCCGGUCCAUCUUUCGAAUGUGCACAAAUUGAGGUCGCAGUUGAAUGGAGUACAAGACCCCAAUGAGAUCACAGCGAUCUUGAAAGAGUCACAUCCGUUGCUUAUAACCAAUGUAUUGAAAUUGUAUUUUAUGGAGUUGCCGGACUCAAUUAUCCCAUACAACAACUACGACGUGAUCAGAUUACUCUACUCAAAUUAUCACGAUGAAUCACAAACAAAGUCGAGAGUCAACGGGUUGCAGAAUGUUUUGUCGGAGUUGCCAAAAUGCAAUUUAGCGACAUUGGAUGCCAUCUUGACCCACUUGAGCAGAUUAGUGAGUAUUGUGGGUACCCAGGACAAGGAUUUGGCAGGAACAUUUCAGCGGAAAUUGAGCAAAGAGUUUGGGACUUUGGUAUUGAGACCGAAAACUGAUGGCUUGAACAGUUCGGAAAGCAGUUACAUAAACGAUAGAUUCCAGGUCACAUUAAUGGAUGACUUGUUUGAGAACAAGCAAAGUAUAUUUGAUGAAUUGAGAAGACAGAGCUCUACCAGAUCAGCAGUGGCCAGUGUGUCGCCAACUCUUUCUCGAAACAGCAGUUUGACACGCAGUGAAUCGAUCAAGUCGAACAAGGGACAUAAUGCCGCAGCGAUUGCAAAGUCAAAGUCGAGGUUGGAAUCAAGGUUACAAAAUGCAGUGAAGAAUCAAAGCAAAACACAGGAGCCGCAACACAAAGCAGACGCUGACGAGUUUUACGAUGCUGAGGAGUCACCAACCCCUUCAAGACUGGGCUCGCAGUCGUCAUCACUGGGAUUGAAAAGAUCAACCUCUCCCAAGAAAAAGAAAUGGAAAGUUGUAUCCAAGGAAGAGAGCAAAGAAGGGAAUGAGAAAUCAAAGAAACUUACAUCCACACCAGUUUCUUACCGCCCUUCAAAUGAUAUUAUUUACGAUAAGUCUCCAAACAGUCAGUCAUUGAAUGAUCUCUCAUCAACACCGCCACCUAAAUUUGCACCAAGUUUGGGCAGGAAAUCGUCAGUUAAAGAUUUAGCCAAGACUUUUGAAAAUGGGUCAACUGAAGAUUUGCAAGAACCAUCAACCCGCUCAAGAUCAUCUUCUCCAACAAAGGAAAUGUGA